CGGCCUCUCCUGGAAGCUGCUGGGAAAAGCAGAAGCAGCAGCAGAAGAAGAAGAAGCAGAAGAAGAAGCCUGAGCAGCAGCAGCAGUGGCAGGAUUUUAGUUUUUUCAUCAGAAAGUGAAGAUGAAGGCGUGUGUGCUAGUCCUGGGUCUGUCCCUGGUUCUGACCGUCUGCGUGGCCCGGUCUCCCUACCAGGCAGUCCUGCAGCACAGCCGGAUCAGAGGCCGACAGCAGGGGCCAAACGUUUGUGCCAUGCAGCAGAUUAAAGGCACUGACAAGAAAUACUUCACCAACUGCAAACAGUGGUACCAUCGCAAGAUCUGCAGCCAGCCCACGGUGAUCACCUACGAGUGCUGUCCUGGUUAUGAGAAGAUUCCUGGAGAGAAGGGCUGUCCAGCUGCGCUGCCUCUGGUGAACAUAUACAACACUCUGGGCGUGGUGGGAGCCACCACCACCAAGAUGUACUCAGAAAGAGCCCAACUGAGGGAGGAGGUUGAAGGUCCUGGAAGCUUCACCUUCUUCGCCCCAAGUAACGAGGCCUGGGCCGCCCUGCCGACGGAGAUCCUGGACGCUCUGGUGAGCAACGUGAACAUCGAGCUGCUGAACGCUCUUCAUUACCACAUGGUGAACCGCCGGCUGACCUCCGAGGAGCUGAAGCAUGGAUCCUCCUUCCCCUCCAUGUACCAGGACUCCCACGUCCAUAUUCACCACUACAGCAACGGGAUCGUGACAGUGAACUGCGCUCGUCUGAUCAAACCCGACCAACAUGCCACCAACGGCAUCGUGCACGUGGUUGACCGUGUUAUCACCGCUAUCUCCAACGACAUGCAGGCAAUCAUUGACAUUGACGACGACCUGGAGACGCUGCGCACGGCCUUCGCCGCCGCCGGUCUGACCUCCAUCUUGGAGAAUGAGGGUCAGUACACCGUUUUCGCUCCCACCAACGAGGCCUUCGAAAAGAUUCCUGCGGAGACCCUGAACAGAAUCCUGGGAGACCCCGUGGCUCUGAGAGACCUGCUGAACUACCACAUCCUGAAGCACAUGCAGUGUGCCGAGUCGAUCGUGUCCGGGACCCCGAUGGAGACGCUGCAGGGCACCGUGCUGGAGGUCGGCUGUGACGGAGACCAGAUGACUCUGAACGGAAAAGCUAUCAUCACCAAGAAGGACCAGCUGGGAACCAACGGAGUCAUCCACUACAUCAGCGAGCUGCUCAUCCCAGACUCAGCUAAAACUCUCCUGGAGCUGGCUGAAGGUUCGUCUGUUUCCAUGGCCACCAAGUUGUUUGUGGAAGCGGGUCUGACAUCCCACCUGACGGGCUCGGAGGCUCUGACCCUGCUGGCUCCUCUGGACGAAGCUUUCAAAGGCAGCGUGACGAUGACUCCCGACAUGAGGAAGCUGAUGACCAACCACAUCAUGAAGGAGCAGCUGUCCUCCAAGGCUCUGUACCACGGUCAGGAGCUGGAGACGCUGGGAGGCCUCAAGCUCAGAGUGUUUGUGUACAGAAAUAACCUGUGCAUCGAGAACGCCUGCAUCGCUGCUCAUGACAAGACCGGACGCUAUGCCUCCAUGUUCACCGUGGACAAAGUCCUCACUCCACCAAUGGGGACCGUGAUGGACGUCCUGAAGGCCGAUGACCGCUUCAGUCUGCUGGUCGGUGCCAUCCAGACUGCAGGUAUGACGGAGCUGCUGAACCAGCAGGGGGCGCUCACCUUCUUCGCCCCUACCAAUGACGCCUUCAACGCCCUGCCACCGGCCGAACUCAACAAGCUGAUGCGUAACCCUCAGGAGCUGUCAGGUGUGCUCCGGUAUCACCUGGGGGAGGGCAUGCUGGUCAGCGGGGGGGUCGGGUCUCACACCAGACUGAAGCCUCUGCAGGGGGAGAAGCUGGAGCUGGGCGUGCGGAACUACACGGUGUACGUUAACAAGGUCCCGGUGGCCGACGCCGACCUGAUGGCCACCAACGGAGUCGUCCACGCCGUCAGCAGCGUCAUCAAACCUCUGCCUCCGAAGGUGGACCGAGAGCAGGCCGAUGGACCGGCAGCUCCUCCCAGAUCAGAUGCUUCCUCCAGGGCCGACGCCCGGAGUUUCAGAGACGAUCUGUUCCAGAAGGUGGUGAGGAGUCGCUCCAGCAGGACGAUGAACCUCAGUCAGUAGACUUGCAGAGAGGGAGGAGCUCAGCAGCCUUAACCACCAACAAAGAAGCAGAAGACAAAGCGCCACAGGUCACGUCUUGAAGGAAAAAUCCCCUGAAAUCCUCUGAAGCUGCUGCUGUUGGUUCCUGCUGCUGCUGCAGAGGAGCUCAGGUGGAUUUUUGCAGUUUGUGAAGAAGAAAUGUUGUUCGUCAAGUAUUUUAAAUUGCUUUUUGCAUUUUUAUUUUUUAUUUUUUGUUAAAUUUAGUUUUCUGUCUGGUUUCAGAGUCUGAAGCGUUGUGAGUGUGUUUUGUACUCGAUGUCGUCCUGCAGCUUGUCGAACGCGGUGACCUGACGGCUUUUCAGGAGCGUUGCUUUGUGUUUUUGUAAAAUAAAGCUGAAAAGUGAGACCACA